AUGACUUUCUAUCAUCAAUGCUAUUGUUUACCAUUGUAUAAUACGGAAAACAGUAUUACAUAUUAUGAUGAAUGUCGUAUAACUGUUUCACCGCGUAUCGUUGGUAAACCAAUUCGUACGUAUGCUCAAAUACAAAAACCAUGCAAUGGCACUUUACUCUGGUCUUAUCCAAAUAAUAAUUUAACAUUGGAAAUUAUUAAUCUUGAAAAUGAACAAUUUACAUUUUGUAUUGAUCAAAAAUCUCUCAAAGAUAAGCUAAUUCGAUCAAUAGUUGGAAUAAAUAAUGAUCUACCAGUACAAAUGAUUAUUCAAAGUGAUCUUUCAUGUGCAACAAGUACCAGUAAUAAGUUAACAUUGUUUAUUACCGCUGAACCAUUGUAUGCUGGCAUUUAUCUACAAUACGCAAUGUACAACAGUCAACAUCCAUGGAACAACGGAGCAAAUCCAUGGUGGCAAAGAUCAGAAAAAUAUCUAUAUGGACCACCAUCAUCCAUGGGUGUUAAACGUGUUAAAAAAGGAAAUCGACGACGAAAAUUGAUUCAUGGAAAAGAAUUAACGAUAAAACGAGUAUAA